AUUUAUUAUCAAUUUAAACUAAUUUAUAUAUCAUUUAUUUACAGAUUUAAUUCUGGAUUGAAUGGGAUUAACUAGUACAAAUUAAGGAAAUUCGAGUCCACUAUAAAUCAAUUUUAAUUAUAUUAUAUAAUAAAUAAAUAUAAUAAUAUCGUGUUAUAAGUGCUAUAAGAAUAUUCUGGACUUAUUCUGGGAGUUAAGGAAAUUUAAAUCAAUCGCUCGUUAAGCCCAGCUUUGGUCGCAUUUGAUUUGUACGGUUUGUGUAUUAAAACACUUUCACUCCUUCUCUCACUCUUUCACAACAACAUAGACAUCAAAACCGAAACAAAAACAAAAAUAAAUAUAUAAAUCAAUAAAAUAAUGGAUAAUAAGUUGAAUGAAAACUACACGCAAACGGCUAAUAGCCUAAUGGAUGGCAUACAAGUCGGCGACAGUUAUGGCCAAAAUUUAUGGUCGCUUUCAUUAACGCUUUCCCAUAACUCAAGCAAUAAUAGCGACACUCUAUAUAACAGUCAUAAUGGGAACCAUUCCUACGAUAAUACCGUCUUCGACGGCAACACAUCGGCCGAGGAGUCAAUGCACCGCUUGUUUAACAUAACCCAAACCACACCCAUUGAGUACGCGAUGGUUAUGUACGGCUAUAUUAUGCCGUUUCUACUCUUUAUGACAUUAGUGGCCAACUUAUUGAUUGUGUUAGUGUUGGCACAGAAACACAUGCGAACCCCAACCAAUCUGGUCCUACUUUCUAUGGCGGUGGCCGAUAUGUUAACCUUGGUGUUUCCGUCACCAUGGUACUUUUAUAUGUAUACUCUGGGCUAUCAUUCAGAGCUACUGCACCCGCCGGCGGCCUGUUAUGCCUAUUCAUCGAUGAUUGAAGUGAUUCCCAUGUUUUUCCAUACGGCCUCCAUAUGGCUAACCAUACUAUUGGCCGGACAGAGAUAUAUCUACAUUUGUCACCCGGUGUUGGCCAAGACAUGGUGUACGAUACCGCGAGUGAGCCGUGCCAUAAUCACCAUAUUCAUUUUGGCCAUUUCGGCACAAUUCGGUCGUUUCCUCGACUCUCAAUACGAGUCAAUAGAGUUUGAAUCCAAUGGCGUUCACCACAAGGCGUGUCAGCAGGUGAUGGCCGAAUGGGUGGUGAAUAUACAAAACUAUUACUUUCCGCUGUAUUUCGGGUUUCGCAUCAUUUUCGUCAAUAUGGGUCCGUGUCUUGCAUUGGUUGUACUCAACGUAUUUCUAUUCAUGGCAUUGAAGAGAGCGCAGAGGAAACGCAAGAAACUGUUUGCCGACAAACGAAACACAGAAUCCAAGAAUAUUCGUGACUCGAAUUCGACGACUUAUAUGCUUAUAGUUGUGGUCACCGUAUUCUUGAUGGUGGAGUUCCCGAUGGCUGUGGCGACACUCAUCCACGUGUUGGCCAACACUGCGAUCAUACCGUUUCCCGAAGAGAAUUUCAAGUAUUUGAAAAUCACCGUGCUCAUCACCAACUUUAUCAUCAUGCUCAGCUUUCCGCUUAAUUUUGCCAUUUAUUGCGGAAUGAGUCGUCAGUUUAGGGAAACGUUUAGUCAAUUAUUUAUUAAGAAACUGAGAGAUCAGGUCCAGGGAUCAAAGUCUGCUGUCACCACAGCUACCAAUCUAUGAGCAGUUAUAUACAGUACUCUAUACUGUAUUAUAUCAGCUGUUAAUUAACUAUUCAUUAUUUAAUUAAGAGUUUGAUUGACGUGUGAAUUGUGUGUUAAGAAACGAU